GAAAUACAUUUAACGUGUGGUCAGAGCCCGUGUAGACAUUCUCUGGUGUGGUCCAAUAGAUAGACAAUAAAACGCUGGUGCUGUUGGCUGUUGAUGGAGUCGACAUGACUCUAAAGAAAGCAAUCAUUGUGCCAGGGAAUGGAGCCGGAGAUGUAGAGCAUUGCAACUGGUACGGGUGGGCAAACAAGCAAAUCAAUAAGAUUCCAGGUAUGACCAGCCUGCUUAGGAACAUGCCGGACCCAGUGACCGCGCGAGAGACCAUCUGGCUGCCCUUCAUGGAGGAGGAGCUGAAGUGUGACGAGGAGACCGUCAUCAUCGGUCACAGCUCGGGGGCGGCGGCCGCCAUGAGGUACACGGAGACCCGCAAAGUGUUCGCCAUUAUCCUGGUUGGGGCGUACACCUCGGACUUAGGAGACGAGACCGAGAGAGAGAGUGGCUACUUCAGUCGGCCAUGGCAGUGGGAGCAGAUCCGAGGAAACGUGAGCCACAUCGUCCAGUUCGGCUCCACUGAUGACCCGUUCCUGCCCUGGGAGGAGCAGGAGGAGGUGGCCAAGGGCUUGCAGGCGGAGCUACACAAGUACUCUGACCGCGGCCACUUCAUGAACUCCCAGUUUCCCGAGCUCAUUAACGUGGUCAAGAAGCUCAAAGAAGCUGCGUAAUAAUGCAACAGGCAUCCACAAUCAGCCAGUUUUUUUUCUGCACCACAGUUACGACGCAUGUCCCACAUCAAUUCCACACUGUAGUUCUUUACAGAAUCACACAACAGCACAAAAUGCAAAAAUGGAUUCUUUAAACUGGUAUUCACUGACACAAGUUUGCAAGUUCCUUUGACAGAGAAAGGAAAAUGGUUAGAGACUGAUAAAAGAUUUGAGAAUGGGUCAAAGAUAUAAAUAUCAAUAUUGAUGUCAAAUUCUAAUGGUUCCUUGUGAUUUCUUCUGCCAAAGAUGUAUACAUAUGUAGUUUUGUCCCUUUAUAACUAUUUCUAUUCAUUCCGACACACAGUACCCCAUUCAUCGAUCCCAUGAUUAGGCUCAUAACUGUCUGGGAUGAGGUAAGAGCCUCCUGUAGGCUACAAACAGCCUGCGUUUGUCAUGACUUGACAAUGGGACAUUUCUUUUUAUAAAUACACAGUCCUCUGAAGUAAAGAAGUGCCUACUUCUGUCUGUUAAAAUGGGGCACUUUGAUUGAAUAAAAAGAGUCAGAAGAACUGACAAACAAUUGUGCAUAUCCUAGAUUUGAGGUAAUAAUGUACAGUACACCCUCAACUAAUAUGAGGCUAACCAUGAAAGUGUUGUUCAAAUAUGCAGGUCUAUAAAUUACAUAAAAUUAAUUUUAAAAAAUAAUAAUUAAAGUACCCACUGAGUCAAAAUGAAGUGCAUUUUGAUAUUGCCACACCCAGGCAGCCCUGUGCUGCUACCCAACAUUCACUGCACUCUUUUAGUCCCUGUGCAUACUUGCCCUGUGCUCUCUGAAUCAGAAGCUGAAGUGGUUCAAGCAUUAUCAAAAACUCUUGCUCCUCUCAUCUCUCGUUACUUUUUUCAUGUAAAACAUGAAAACCCCUAGGGAUGCUUGAGCUAUCUUCGGUGAUCAUAACCCUGCACAGUAGAUGAUUAAUGAUGGUCUUUCAGUGCCCCCUAGAGUUGAACAAUGGCAACUGUAACUAACUAAAUAAAAACUUUUUAAGAUGCCUUGAA